UACAGUGCAGAUGAGAAAAGGAUGCAGGAAAUUCUGUUGUUUACACAUGUGUCUGUUACACUGAGAAGCAAGAGAAGCCCAGCAAACUGAGAGGGAGUGAAAUUGAGUGAUGAAUCAAAACAUGAAUUUAGACUCCACUCAGAAACAAAUGGAAGAGAUAGAGGCUUUUGGGACCCAACCAACAGAACCUGAUAAAUUAGAUAGAUGUUGGCAACCAGGUGACCAUCUCUGUCAUUCAAAUAUUCCAUCUCAAAGUUUCCAUCCAAAUUCACCUCAUUAUGCACAUAUGCAUGCAAGUUACAGCAGUGAUUGGGAAAUUUUUGAAGCAGUAAAAAUUCAGGAACUGGAGGAAGUCAAAGCCAGAGCUGCCCAAAUGGAGAAGACCAUGCGCUGGUGGUCAGAUUGCACCGCCAACUGGAGGGAGAAAUGGAGCAAAGUUAGAGGGGAAAGAAAUAAAGCACGAGAGGAAGCAAGACAAUUGAGAAUCAAAUUAGACAGUAUGAUAAAAGAGUUAAGUGUGCUUAAAAAAAUAAAUCAGGACUUAGUAACUGAGAAAGAAAACUUAGAAAAUGGAACUGCCUGGAAAAUGGAAUGCCAUUGCUCAGAAAUAUCCUGUAUUAAAAAGGACCAAAACCUGUUAAUGUUUCUGGAGCCAGAACCUACAAAAGACCUAAACAAAAUCAUCAAAAUUCCUGGGGCAGAAGACACAGAGAAGGAUGUAAACAAAGACCAAAACAAUGACAAUAAAAAAUUCAGUCCAAAGCCUCCUGAUUUCUUCCCCAGUGGACUUCCCAGCAUCUAUUUGGAGGAACCUAAAAUAAGUUUGGACACUACAGCUAAGACAACAGAGAAUGAUUUAAUACAUGUAUCAGUCUUAAAUUUGCAUUUGGCUGAGAUGAGAAAAAUCUUACAGAAGGAAAGAGAAAUGAAUGUAUUUUUGGAGAGAGAAAUGGAAAAGAUGGAAAAUGAAUUAUUUCUUUGGAAAUGGAAAUAUGAAGAACUGAGACAAAUCAAGCUGGAAAGUCUGAAACAGAGUAAAGAGGUGGAAGAAAGUGAACACGGGAUUUGGGACCAGACAAAGUUCCUUGUUUGUUGUUGGAGAUUCUACCACGACAGUGAGUGAAGAUAUGGGAGAUCACCAAAAAAGCCCUGCAGCAACAAGAUUAACAGCAAAGAGGAGAAGCAAACAUUGUUCAUAAAAAAACACAAGAAAAUUUCAUUGAAGAAGGGCAUGUUAGAUAGAUAUAGGAAUACUGUAUGCAUUAUUUCUGUGUAUUCCUGAUUUUUAUAAGAGCCAAGGAAAAUAUGUUAGAGUCAGGGUGCACCUAUUUAGAAGUUAUGUCGGCUAUUGUCAUUCCUUUCCAGUUGUUCUAAAUGUUCUCUUUUAAAGCAAAAGGUGGACUUUAAUUAAAUUGUCCCAUAUUUUACCUUGGGAAAAAGGACUUUAGAAUGUGCAUGGUAUAUGAGUGAGGUUCACACUCUGCCCUGGGUAGGCAUUGAAUCUGAAAUGGAAGUCAGUGGUUUGUUUCUUGUUUUGCUGGUGUGUUUUAUUUUCAGUAAAGUUCAGUAAAAGCAGUGAAAAAAAUAUCUGUAUCAGAGGACCCCCCAGUUCUACCAGGGUGACAUGUGUAUUACAUUUUCUUUCAUUAAAAAAAAAAAAAAGAAUAUUUUUUUUAAAAAAAACCCAAAUAGUAUCACAUACAUAUUUAGAUCAAAGAAAUAUCCUUUCCUUAUGUGUUUCUUAUACUCAUCAUAUAAUUAAAUUAAUGCAUCUCACAUUUACCUUAUCGUUUACAUAUCAUAUUUUUAUUUAAAUUUUACUUUACUAAUUGUCUAGGUAAAAGAUUGUAAAUGUCAUGUAGGAAAUAAAUAUGUUAAGAUAAACUGGAAAAGGAGAUCUUGAGAAUUUUAGAAAAUUCACGCUUUACAAAAAUGUCAGUAACUUUCAGCCAUCAAAUGAGACAUAAAUUAUAAUUUUGUUUGCCAUGUGCAAUUGAUAAUGAGUAUGUGCAGAUUCUGUUUCAAAAGGAUUGCUGUAAUUGCUCAGCAAGGUUUGUUUCAUUCCUUAUAGCCCUAUAAAUUGAACACUUACCUGAGGGCUCCAGUUGUAUUUAAAGAAUUGUGAGAUCUCUUGAUUUCUUUUGCAACCUAGGACCAUAGAAAAAGUGACAAGUAUAAAAGAUUAUUGAUUACAUUGGAAUCACAUUUUUCUCAGGAAUUGUCUGAGCUGAAGACGCUUGGAAGCUGGGAACAAAAUGUUCUUCUGACCCUCUCUGAGCUUUAGGUUGCUGCUGGAGAUGGGGUGCUAGAGCAGAAGUAUCUGUGCUUUGUCUACCUUUAUACAUUCUUAACCCUCUUUCGUGUUUGUAAUGCUGAACUAAUCCCAGCCAUUGCCCCUCAGGACACACUAAGGGAUUUACAGUGAGGGAGUUCUGUCUUUGUUGCCAUUAGCCAAUUCACAAAUUCAUCAACAAGGUACAGAGAUACUGUGAGAGAAUUGAUUUUUAAAUGGAGUUUCAACAUGUAAAACUUACAAUAGUUGACAAUAAGAUUCAUAAUUCUUUUCUCCGUAAUUCAAACUUCUUCCCUUUAUUAGCUCACUGGCUCAAGGUUUUGUAUUAGACAAAAGAUCUCUGGUCUUGUUCCAUGCAUUGUGAAAUGACACACUGACUUUCUCUAAAACUCUGUCUGCUUUUCUUAUGCCAGCAUCUUCAAGACGCCACAGUGUGUGAAAUGGCUGCAUUGAAAAUGUUGAUGUGCACAAUAGAAAUGGAAAGUGCAUAAUCAUUGAUUUUCAAGUGCUGUAACAGCCAAAUGUACUUCUAUGGUUACACUGAAGCACUUGAAAAUUUGGCAACACAACAGCUUACUGAUAAAAGCUUGUAUCAUUCAGAUAAGCUUUAGAGAUAAAAUCUUUCUCUUUUUUUUCCCUCUGACAAGCCAUUAUGGUUGCAAAUAUAGUUCUUUUAGAGAUAAAGCAUGGUUUCAGCACUGGCCAAAAUACCUAUAAGAUUAGAGUAUCUUUUCAGACCACACUAAUAACUGUGGCUAAAAAUCAAGUCAAAUGAUAUUAAGAAUUACUGGGAAAAUUGGGAUUUUGUCUUUCCUGUCUCUAUUUCUAAAUCUGUAGGAAAAACAAAUAACAUUUAAUUGGUGCUGGAGAACAUUUCUGUGCUAACUGCUUGGUAGUGUAACAUGGAUACUGAGGGAAAUCAAAUCAGAAGCUAGUUUCUGCUGCUCUAACUCUACUACAAACCCUUUCACAUGUGACCACUGUAUUAUACUACCUAGCAGGUGGGAUGCACCUGGCUGGUCUAAAACUCAUGGUGACAAUAAAAUACAAAGUCAGUACAGUAUCCUUUCUCAUGAGGAAAUUUUAGUUUCUUUUGGGAUAGUUAAUACUGACAUUUAUCCCACACAUAUCUUUCUGAUCACUUAUUGAUCAUAUUUUACCUUCAGUCACCUUCUGAACAGCACUUUUAAAGUUUUCUUUCUUGCCUCUUAUAGAUCACACAUGAUGCCUUAAUUUCUCAUAAUCUCUUCCUAUUCCCUGAGACAGAGAAAACUCAGCUACUUCCAUUAUCUAAAUAAAAUAUUUAUUUCAUCUUUACAUACACAGGGAACUUCAGAGGCCUCUCUGAAGAAGUUAGCCCAUAAAUUAGUCACUUGAAAAUGAGUCAAAAUAAGAUGAUGCAUCAUUACCCUGGCUGCAGUUGAGAAUGUUUGAGAAUGCUAAUUUAUGACCUUUCCAUAAUAAUACUGGAAUGUUUCCUGAUCUUAAAUAUUCACCUAUGAUAUUUGCUAUAUACCAAGGUUUCCAUUUAUUCCUCUUCACAGUUUAUAUGUGGGAAGUGAAGAUACGUAGAUUUGUGCAGAAAUGAUUUUCUCAAAGUCACCAAGCGUAAUUAUGGGAAAGCCAAGAAAAUGAACCUUAAAUCUGGUUACAAACAAUUGAGCUGGUUUUUGUUAUCUUUUGAGGUGAGUGGUGCCUAAAACAGUGGCUUGCCACUAGAAAAAAUAGUCUUUCCUAUUUUCCUUUUUAAGAUAAUAAAUAGUAUGAACCUUUUAUGUGGCUCAAUUUUACAAACUGGUUGUAAACACAAUGAUAGAAAGACAUGAAAAUAAUUUUCACAACGCUCAAUUAAACCUUGUUUAAUACUAUAAACGUGCAUUAUUUAAUAUUGUUACAUGUGCAGAAGGAUAAGAAAGAAUGAUUUACGUGGUAUUUUGGUCCUGUCCUAGUUGAUAUGGAAACAGUGGGGAGUGCUGUGUUUGGAAUAAAAUAAACUAAAAUAGCUCAACUGGAA